AAUUCCCAAUCAAGCCCACUCCUCCCAUUAUAAAUCCUCCCCCUGCUCACACUCCCACACAGCUCCACACCUCCACUCCACUCCAAGAACAGCAAGGCCAGCGAGCGCCAACCCGAACCCCACAUGGCCGCCUCCGCAAUGCCGCUGCUCCUGGUCCUCCUGCUGGCGUCGCCGUCGGCCACGCGCCUGGCGUCCGCCGCCUGCGCGAGCGAGAAGUUCCCGGCGGGGCGGGCGUACGCCACCUGUGAGGACCUCCCCAAGCUCGGCGCGUCGCUGCACUGGACCUACGACGCGUCCAAGUCGUCGCUCUCCGUGGCGUUCGUGGCGGCGCCCGCCGCGCCCGGCGGGUGGGUGGCGUGGGGGCUCAACCCGACCGGCGAGGGCAUGGCCGGCGCGCAGGCGCUGGUGGCGCUCAGGGGGUCCGGCUCCGCGGCGCCCGCCGUGAAGACGUACAACAUCUCCGGGUACGCGCUGGGCGCCUCGUCCCCGCUCGAGUUCCCGGCCACCGAGCUCGCCGCGGACGCCGCCGGCAGCGGCGGCAAGAUCCGGGUGUACGGUAAGCUGCAGCUGCCCAAGGGGAUGAAGGCCGUGAACCAGGUGUGGCAGGUCGGGGCCUCCGCCACCGGCGGCGCACCCGACAAGCACGCCUUCGGGGCCGACAACCUCUCCGCCAAGGGCAAGCUCGUCCUCGCCGGCAGCAAGGCCGCCGCGGGCGCCCCCGCCGCCUCGCCCUCCGCCGCGCCCGAGGCCGGCGGCCCGGCCGCGUCCGGCGGCAGCGACAGCGGCGCCGCGUCGUCCAUGGCGCCGUCCGGCGGGAAGUCCCCAAACGCCGCCGCGUCCACGGCCGGCCUGUCCGCGCCGGCGCUCCUCGCGCUGGCGCUGGUGGGGCUCUUGGCGACGGUAUGAUGAUGGCGGUAGCUGGAACGCCGGAUGGUGGACGCUGCCUGCCAUCAUUCCUCAGCGAAGGUGGCGGGGCGGCGGCGGGCGGGAGAGGAAAUACUGCGCUAUUUUUGUUGGGGUUUUUUCCCCCUUCUUUUUGGCCUUGCAAUAAAAAUGGUUGCUGUACUUGUGUUGUUGAGGUGUUGUUUGGUAGCAUAGCGAUUUUACUGUAGUGGAGACAUGCCAUUCAUCCGGUCACAUGGCCGUAGUUUCUUGCCACUGCUCUCUGUUUCUGAAUCUCUGGGUGGUACGAUGCCUUGCCUAACCUUGUCUUUUUUGUCAAAAAAAAUCACCUUGCCUGAA